GCAGCGCAACAGGCAGUGCUGAACUAAUCAAUGUCCACUUCCUUCAAAGAGGAUUACUGGUCCUUCCGCUUAGCUGAGUUACCUGAAAUUAGGAUAAGAGUAAGGAGCGGUCUUCUGUCUACAGCGGCCAUCUGUCUGCCAAGUGGACAGUCGAGCGCUCCCGCUGCUGUCUUAAUGGAGACGAGGCUGGAGCUGGACGUUUUGAUUUACCCCAACGAAGUGAGGAUCGCCACUCCGGAGGAUCUCUGGGAAUGGGAGCUGGAGACUGCGAGCCAGGUGUCCAUACCCACCGUGCGACUCUUUGUGGCACUUUACCCCUACAACCCUGCUGCCAUGUCUCCCAACUAUGAGACGGCUGCAGAGGAGCUGCCUUUUGUACCAGGACAGAUAAUCAAGGUGUUUGGAGACAAAGACCGUGAUGGUUUCUAUGACGGGGAGUCUGGUGGUCUCUCCGGUUAUGUGCCAAGUAACAUGGUGUCUGAGAUCCCGGUGGAUGAUGAGUACCUGAAGCAUCUACUCAUGCAGCAGGGCUUCCUCCCUGUGGACCACACAGGUUUCUCUCCAACAUCAGAUAUGAGCGAUGUUUCCAGUGUCAGUGACGAAUUGGUUGUUCGACGAAUGGUGGCCUUAUUUGAUUAUGAUCCCUGGGAGAGUUCACCCAACGUGGACAGUGAAGAUGAACUUGGCUUUCGUUCAGGAGACAUUAUUUAUGUGUUAGGUGACAUGGAUCAAGAUGGGUUUUAUUUUGGGGAUCUGCACGGACGACGAGGUUUGGUUCCAUCAAACUUCCUGCAGCCGUUUCCGUGGGAUUAAUAGAAAAUGCCAGGACACGCGAUGUUUGCUACAGAUGCCAAGUCUCAGAUACAGAAAGAAAUCAGCCGCUGAUUAAACCAUUAUUAUCAGUCAUACCAGUGAUGUUGUGGGCGCUGCAAAUACUGCAAAUACAAAUCUCAGAAAAUAUAUUUUAUUGAAAAUUGCAAAUCAUUUAGUAAAGAAACAAAACAGAAAAUUACAAAAAUCAUGGUUAAAGGUCACUUUGGAUUAAAAGCCCAACAUGAGCGACUGACUGACUUUGCAAAAAGAUACAUUUAAUAUUUAAUUAUAAUAAAGCCUGUUCACAAACUAUAGAUUAUUUUAGCCUUAAUAAUACAAUAAGUCUCAGUUUUUGCAGACCAGAGUGUAUUAAAGUUGUAAAGUUGCCUUAUACUCUCUCUAUACAGUACAUUUUAUAUUAACAGCUCAUAAAGGAGUUCUUAAGAAAGAGUAUUUUUUAAUUUUUGAGUUUUACAGCAACUUUAAUGUAAAACAAAGUACAACAAAAAUGUUGCAUAAAGGAAAUUGUUAAUGUUCUGAUUAUGUUUCCAGUGUAACACAAAAUAAAAAUAAACUUUAAAUAUC